UUUAUUCCACAUGUCCCGAUGAUAUUAUUAAACUAUCAUUUCCUAAAAUCUUUAUAGAAGCAAACAUUUUUUCACGAUAAAUAUGUGAAAUAAAAUAAGAUAUAUGACAAAGGUUUUAAAGUUGUAGCGCAGUUUAAACAGAAAUUAUUCAGUCAUCACAUAGUAAACACAAGAAAAAAAUUGAAUUAUAGAAUUGUCCAGUCCGAAUUUAUAGAGAUUGACUGGACAAUUAAUUGCAACGAUUUCAUAAGAAUACCACGUCGCUACUGUCUUAAUUAUAUACAAACAUUUACAAAAAUGAUGGCAUAUCAUUCUCUGUGCAAUUACUUCGUUAUUUUCUUCAUUCUAACAAUAUGGAUUGAUACUGUUGUCAUUUGUAUGGAUGAAGUGCCAGAUAGGGGUUUUCGGCAGUUAGAUGACGAAGUCACUACAACUUCUCCAAAGAAAUGGGAUACUGAUGUCAGCAUCGAAAAGUUAAUUCGCAUCACAAAUCUGCGUGUUACUGAUCCAAAAAUAUUGGCAAAAGAAGUAAUGAGAAUAAUCUUAGGUGAAAAUAUGUUACAAUAUUUGACAAUCCAGCAUGAAAGGAAUUCUGAUGCAGUGUAUAGUCUUAUACCUGAGAAAGUUAAAAAGUUUGUCUUCGAGUAUGUAAACGAACGUUCCCAUUUACAAAUUGACGAGUCAACAUUUAAAGACGCAGUAAAUCAGUUAUUCAAUGAAAUCAAUGAAGUAAUGUCAAUUGACUCAAGUUCGUCGGAAGAAGGAAAUAAUGUUCAAAGUCUGACAGACAACAUGGACGUGAUUGAUGACGAAGAGAAUACUGAAGAAGGUAAUUAUGUACAUACAUUAGAUAUCAAGGACGUGAUUUAUGACGACUCACCUUUAAGAUCUUACCUUCAAGAUUUCAUGGACAGUAUUGAUGAAGAUCUUACAGACAUAGUUAAAGAAGGAGAGAAUGGUGAAGAAGAUAUUCUUACAGAUAUAAGUUCGUCAUUAACGCAGAAAAAUCCUACAACACCUAGUGGAAGAAACAAACCUUCAUAUCCAUAUCAAGAUGAUGGAAACAAUAAGGUUGAAUUAUUAGAAGGAUCAAAAAUUUGGCUAACUGAAAAGGAAUUUGAAUCAUAUAAGAAAGAUUUAAAACAUAAUCCAAAUCAAGUGAUAGAAAGUUUAUUAGAAAGCUUACUUGGAAAAAACAAUUUAAAAUACUUCUCUCUCUAUGGACUAGACGGUUAUAAACCCAUACCCAUGAAUGUCAGAGAAGCUAUCUUUGAAUUUGUAAAGAAGAAUUUAAAGAAAAGUCAUGAAGAGACAAAUGCAAUUCUAAGCGAAACAAUAAUUCGAUUCUUAGGAGAGUUACACUCUAAAUCAAAUGAAGAUAUCAUAGACGAGAUUACUGACGACGUUCCUUCCGGAUCUAACAUGCAAGGAGAGAAUACUGAAGAAGAUAUCAUGGACGAGAUUAAUGACGACGUUCCUUCCGGAUCUAACAUGCAAGGAGAGAAUAGAGCAGAAGAUAUCAUGAACGAGAGUACUGACGACGUUCCUUCCAUAUCUAACAUACAAGUUGCAGGAGAGAAUAGAGCAGAAGAUAUCAUGAACGAGAGUACUGACGACGGUCCUUCCGCAUCUAAGAAACGAAGAGAGGAUAGAGCAGAAAAUAUAAGUGCGCCUUUAAAGAAGAAACGUCCUACAAGACGGAAAGGAAUAUACGAAAAAAAGAAAUUUUUCAAGAAACCAAACUCUUAUCCUUAUGAAGAAGAAAGGGAGGGAAAGGUGGAAUUAUUAAAUGAAUCCAAAAUUUGGAUAGAUAAGGACGAACUUUUUUAUCUUAAAAAAUAUUACAAAAAAGUACCGAAUCAAAUUAUAAGACAGUUACUAGGACAAUUACUUGGUGAGGAGAAUUUGCCGUUUAUGACCUUUGAUAGAGAUAAAAAUAGAACCAUUCCUGCGGAAGUGAAAAGUUCUAUUUAUGAUUUUAUGAAUAAAACUGUGAAUGCUGGUUAUGAAAUGGACUACGAUGCUUACAAAAAUUCAACAUUGAAAAUUCUAAAAAACAUCAAAUUUUCAUUUAAUAAAGGAGAAAAUAAAACAGACAUUCAAAAAUUAAAGACAUCAAAAUAUCCAUAUCGAACUAAGGGAGAGAAUAAGGUGGAAUUAUUCAAUGAAUCCAAAAUUUUUAUUGACAAAAAUAAACUCGAAUGGAUUAAAAAUAAUUUCAAAGAUGAUGCAAAAACCAUGAUAAAGGUGUUAUUAGAGAAUUUACUUGGCAAAAAGAAUAUACCUUUCUUCGGUUGGAUUGAAAUAAGUGGAUAUAAAGCUAUUCCUCAGGAAGUGAAGGAAUCUAUUUUUCAAUUUAUAAAUAAAAAUGUGAUUCCUGAAGAAAUAAAAACAUAUGAAACUUACAAAUCUACAGUAAUAUACCUUUUAAAAAAAAAAGGAAAAAAAUUUCAACAAGAAAAUCUUAAAACAGAUGGACAGAAAAACAAGAAAAUAAAAUAUCCAUAUAAAGAAAAUAUAGAGAAUAAGGUUGAAUUACUGAAUAAUUCAAAUAUUUGGAUAACUGAAAAAGAACGUGAAUCAUAUGUGAAAGAUAUAAAAAAAAAUCCCAAAAAAUCGUUAAGAAAGUUAUUAGUAAGCUUAAUUGGAGAAAACAAUUUAAAAUACUUCUCCUUAAAAGGAAAACAUGGUUAUAAAACCUUACCUUACAAUGUCAACAGAGCUAUCUUAGAAUUUGUAAAUCAAAAUGUAAAACGAAAUCUUAAAGUGACAAAUGAAACAUUCAGCAGAAUAAUAAAUAGAUUGCUUCCGAGAAUACACUCUAAAUCAAAUAAAGCCGUGACUUUACGACUCUCCAUACAAGAACAGGUGAAACAGACCAACAAUAAACUGGAUUUAAUGGAUUCAAGCUUGCAAGACAUUAAACGAGACAACAAUACUUUAAAAGCAGAACUAAGUACCUGUAAAAGGAAGUGUAACAGUUUAUUGGAAGAAAAUAAAUUUUUAACUGAAAGAGUAAAGGAAUGCGAAAGGAAAGUGGAUUUUAUUUCGUAUAAAGAGAGAAGUAAGAACGUGAUAUUGUAUAAAGUCCCGGACACAGAGAAUGAAAAUAAAAAUCUGCUCAACACAGUCAAAGAGAUAAUUCAUAGAGUAAACACAAACCUACCAACCGAUACUAUAACCGAUGUGAAACGACUGGGUAAACAAGAAGGGUCACGGCCAAUUUUGAUUUCCUUCAAUAAUUCGAAUUGCAAAUCAUUUUUAUUCCAAAACAGAAAGGCUCUUUCUAAUAUGAAUAUUGCUAUAGCCAAUGACCUUUCAAAAGAGGAAAGAGAAAAAAGAAAAAAUAAUUACCUAAUUCUACUCAAAUAUAAAGAGAUAUUACAACAAAAAGGAAAAACUGCAAUAAUUAAAGGCCCGAAAAUUAUUGUAGACGAAGAAAUGUUAAAUGUUGAAGAUGUCGAAAAACAAUUGAAAAAAAUGGAACACUCAGAAGUGGAAAGAGAAUCCGAGUAUUACUCUGAUAGUGAGGAAUCGACUACAUCUAAGGCUUCUACAGCGAGCGGAACCAAGAGAGGAAGAUCGCAUGGCUCCAAGAACAAAAUAAAGAAAAAGAUAAAAACAUCGUCAGAUAAAAUGACUGCUAACCCUCUUAAAGCAUUCUUAAUUCCACAAAAUCGAAAUGCAGCAUCCAACGAAGAAGCGAAGAAACUCCCUGUCAAUAAAUCAUAGCUAUAUACGAAGGAAAAAAACCCUAGAAUAAUCUUCUGGAAUAUUAAUGGAUGGUCCAACUGGAAGGAUUUGUCUCCUCUUCUCAAUGAUAUCGACAUUGUUUGUAUCUCUGAAACUUGGAUGAUGUCAACGCCGCACUCCUGUUCUCCCCACAAUUUCGACUUGAUAAGCAGCCCGGCAGUAAGAUCAGCAAAGAGAGGAAGAGCAAGCGGUGGUCUAAUUAUUGCUCUAAAGUCAAGUAUUUAUAAACAUAAUAUUAUAAAAAUUACAGAGCAAUGUAUAUUUGUAAAAAUCGUAUCUAGUAAGACAAAGUUUAUCCUAGGAGUAGUUUACGUAAAACCAGAUUUUAAUUUUGAUCAUUUUUGCUUAGAAUUUAAUGAAAUAAUUACAUUAAUUAAUAAUAAAUAUUCUGAUUUUCCAUUGAUCGUGGGUGGGGACUUUAACGCCAGAAUAGGGGAAUUAAAUCAAUUAAAUGAAAAUAUAUUGUCGGUGAACUCUAAUAUUUACUUCGUAAGAUCUAACACAGAUAAGACAAUAAAUAAAAGAGGGAGGCAGUUGGUGCGCUGUAUGGAGGAUAGUGGGUGCAUUGUACUAAACGGUAGAACAUUGGGAGACUGUUCGGGUCAAUUAACUUACGUAUUAAAAAAUAGAAAAUCUACAAAUGACUUAGCAUGGGUGAAUUUGACAGCUAUCUCAGAAAUAAAAAAUUUUGAAGUUAUGCAAAUGAUAACAGGUUCGGAUCAUUUUCCUAUCUCCAUUACCUUAGAAAAAAAAGAAAAAAUAAUAAAUCCAAUAAGCAAAUUAAAAUGGAGGAAUGAGUUAUUUGAAAAUUUUUUUGAAGCAAUGAAUGAUCUUCCAUGCAGCGCUCCGACUGAUCUCCACAGCGUUGACUCGAUGGCCGAACAUUUGACAGAUGCCAUAAAAUCUAAAGCGAAGUUAGUUGGAAUGGUUUCUAAAACAAAAAAUAAAAGUGGAGAAUCCAAACCAUGGUACGACUCCGAAUGUUUUUUAUUGAAAAAAUUUGUAAAGAAAUCUUUGAAAAAAUGUAAAAAUGAAAACUUUGAGAACCAAAAAUCUGUUGAACAAUAUAAUAAUAAUAAAAAAUGGUAUCUUAAUGUACAAAAGUUAAAAAAGAAGAUUUACAAAGAUUCAACUCUCGAUAAAUUAUCACAUUGUAAAGAAUCAAAAAGUUUUUGGAGUAUAAUAAAUGGUUUCCGAAGUAAAAGUAAUAAUAAAAAUAAUAUUGACUUUGACACAUGGUAUAAAUUUUUUUCAGAUUUUUUUCAGAUUAAAGAGACAUUUCCAGAACAAAUAUUGUUAGCUGAAUUAAUGGACAAAAAUAGUAACACUGAAUUGGAACUCCCUAUUACUAAAUAUGAAGUAAUUUCUGCUCUAAAUAAAUGUAAAAAAAACAAAUCACCAGGGGCGGACCAAAUUACUUUUGAAUUUUUAAAAAACCUACCUGAGAAAUGGAUCGAUUAUGUAAAUCUUCUUUUUAAUAAAAUUUUAACUGAAGAAAAAGUACCAAAAAACUGGUCAAAUAUAAAUUUAAGAAUGUUACAUAAGAAAGGUGAUAUAAACGACCCAGGAAAUUUCCGGCCUAUAGCUUUAGUUAACUGUAUAACGAAAGUUUUCACAAAUGUAUUGACAAAUAGAAUCGCGCACUGGGUUGAACAAGAAAACUUACUUCCAGAAUUUCAAUCUGGUUUUAGAAAACAAAGAAGUUGCGUUGAUAAUAUAUUUGUUUUAAAUGCCCUAGUUCAAAAUCGGUUAAGCUUAAAGGGAGGAAAAGUAUACGCCUUAUUUGUCGAUUUUAGCAACGCCUUUCCGUCAGUGUCACAUAAUUUACUUUGGAGCAAAUUGUAUAAAUUAGGAAUGGGAUAUAAAUUAACUAAAAUAUUAAAAGAUUUUUAUACAAAGGCAACAGUAUCCGUUCAAAAUAAUGGAAGCGUAUCAACACCAGUAGGUGUAACGAAAGGGGUACUUCAGGGAGAAGUUAGCAGCCCCUUGUUGUUUUCACUUUUUGUAGCGGACUUGGAGGAAUUCCUAAAAUCGGAAGGAAUACGAGGUAUUUCCAUGGGUCACGAUAAUGAGAUUAUAUUGCUUGCUUAUGCGGACGAUAUUGUAUUAAUGGCGGAGUCUUUAUCAGGUUUAAAUAAAAUAUUAAAAGCCCUUCAUAAAUACUGCACUAUUAACCAUCUAGAAGUAAAUGAAAAGAAAACGAAAAUUAUUAUUUAUAGAAAAGGUGGACACGCGCAAAAUAAAAAGUUGAAAUUUACUUAUGGUGACUCAGUAAUUGAAAUAGUAAAAAAUUAUAUAUAUUUGGGAAUUCCUCAAAGUCAAUCUGCGUCCUCCGAAGAAGCGUCAAAGAAUGCGAUAACCUCUGCGAAAAUAGCUACGAGCUCAACAAUUUCGCUCAUAAAUAAAAUGGACUUGAACACUUGGAAACCAAUACCAAAAUUGUUUGAUAGUUUGGUCGCUAGUACUCUUUUCUACGCUAUUCAAGUUUGGGGGUUAAAAUAUCUUGAGGAAAUUGAAAUAAUACAAAUGAAUUUUUUUAAAAAACUUCUUUUACUCCCUCAAAAUACUCCAAACUACGCGUUAAGAUUGGAAAUUGGUGCUGUCAAAUUAUUGAGUAGAGUAUUUAAAUUAACCCUCAAUCUAAUUGAAAAAAUUUUAAGUAUGAAAAAUAAUAGAUAUCCUAAAAUUUGUUUAUUAAGACUUAUUAAUUUAUCAAAACUAGCGAAAACCACAUGUAAAUAUAACUGGUGUCUGCAAGUAGAAAAAAUAUUCGAAUUUAUUGGAGAAAAGAUUAUAUGGAAUGCUGAAUUUGUAAAGAAUAAUAAAGAAAAAUUAAUUAAAACAUAUGAAAACUUUCUGCGAGCUGAAGAUGUAAAUUCGGUAUCUAACUCUCGAUCUCUGCAAAUUUAUCCGCAUCUUACUUUGAGAGAAGGAAUACAAAAUUAUUUGAAAUUAAAAUUUCCACUCAUCUUCCUUAAAAUUCUUGCACAAAUUCGCUUAUUAAAUAAUUACAAUACUAGAGUUAUUUUUAGAAAUAAAUUUUAUAAAUUCGACAUCGAAUAUUGUUGUGGGUAUCGAGAGUUGAAAGGCAGAGAAUUGUACCACGUACUAAUAGAGUGUGAUUUGCAUAGCAACAUUAGGAAAAAAUAUAUCUGUACAAGCGACGAACAAUCAAUUAUACUGAACACUUGGUUUGACCUUCUAAAUUUCCCAGAUAAUAAUAAUGUAAAUUCAAUAAUAGUUUAUAUAAGAAAUGCGUUAAAAAUAUAGAUUUAGAUUUAAUAAGGUUUGUAAUCGAAACGAUUGUAUUCUGUUCAAAGCAACUCUUUUGUAUGAACUUGAUGUUCGAAACAAAUAAAUGAUAUAUAUCAUUAG